AUGAAAUCCCUCCUCUUCUUUAUCGCCUUCGGGUUCUUCAUCAACCAGAUCCAGGCCUGUGGCAUACCCGGCACAUUCUGCAGCCGCUGGGGUGCUAAAGCAUGCGAGUGCAAUGGAGGACACCUGUUGGAGUGCCAGGUCACCGUGGCUCCGAUGGUGGAUGGCCAGGGCGGCGAGACCGAGGCGUUCUGGACCAAGAUCAGGAACUGUCCUGUGCCGGCUGGUGGCGGGUUGCAGUGCAUUGACGGGGCUUGUACUUCUUGA